AUGCGUAAUCUCGUAUACGAACUGUACCCUUCCGCCUCUUGGCAAAGAGUCCCUACGUGGAACGCGAUCGGCUUGAGGUCUAAUCUCUUCGAUCAGCAACUGUCGAGCGCCUUCUUGUCACCCGACACCUGUGGCUGGAAGGCCAACGUCUGUCUGCCCUUCGGCUCCUGCGAGCGACCCUGCGGUGUCUCCCUGGCCCACCUCCUGGCUGUUCCUAACAGGCCCGGUCUCUCGCACUGUUCAGGGCUACAGCUCAGCCCCCCACCCCCGGCCCCCUGGUGCCGGGAAGUCUGGGAGAAAGUCCAGGUGGAGCCUCCGGGGGACACCUGGUGCUCCACAGGCUCUGAGGCAGAGAUGGGGGUAAAGAAAGAAGCCCAGUGGGAGCCCCGGGACAGAACCCAAGGAUAUAAUGAGAGAGAAGAGACCCAGAGAGACAAGGGACAGACGCGGGCAGAGAGGAGAGAGCCAGGGACCAAAGGCGACAAGAGCCAAACGGGGGCAGAAACCCCGAGACAAAUAGGGAACUCGGACACUGACACCCAGAGCCCCCUCACUGCCCUCCCACCUACGAGCGACGAAACUCCAAGAGAACUGGCCACAGAGAUACUCAGAGACACAGCCCCGGCCGAGACAGAGACCGGAGCGAUAGGACAGACCCUGAGCCUGCAAGGGAGAGAGACGUGGAAAGAUAGGGCGCCCGGUCACCCUCUGCCCCUCCGGGGUCACGGGCGCCCCCGCCCCUGCGCCCUGGCCACCCGGCCGGGCUAUUUUUACGCGCGGACACCGGACACCGGACACCGGGCUGGGGCGGCGGCGACGGCGGCCGGGGCGACGGCCGAGGCGGGGCCGGGUUGGGCCGAGCUGAGCCGGGCGUCGGGGCCACACGUCCGUCCGCCGCUCGCCGGGCCUGCGCGCGCCAUGGAGGCGUGCGGCUGCUGCGAGCGGCUGGUGCUCAACGUGGCCGGGCUGCGCUUCGAGACGCGGGCGCGCACCCUGGGCCGCUUCCCGGACACGCUGCUCGGGGACCCGGCGCGCCGCGGGCGCUUCUACGACGGCACGCGCCGCGAGUACUUCUUCGACCGCCACCGGCCCAGCUUCGAGGCGGUCCUCUACUACUACCAGUCAGGCGGGCGGCUGCGGCGGCCGGCGCACGUGCCGCUCGACGUCUUCCUGGAGGAGGUGGCCUUCUACGGGCUGGGCGCGGCGGCGCUGGCGCGCCUGCGCGAGGACGAGGGCUGCGCCGCGCCGCCCGAGCGCCCCCUGCCCCGCCGCGCCUUCGCGCGCCAGCUCUGGCUGCUCUUCGAGUUCCCCGAGAGCUCGCAGGCCGCGCGCGUGCUCGCCGUCGUCUCUGUGCUUGUCAUCCUCGUCUCCAUCGUCGUCUUCUGCCUCGAGACGCUGCCCGACUUCCGCGACGACCGCGACGACCCCGGGCUCGCCGCGGUGGCGGCCGCCGCCGGCCCGUUCUCCGCUCGGCUGAAUGGCUCCAGCCCCGUGCCUGGACCCCUGCCCCGCCUGCCCUUCGAUGACCCGUUCUUUGUGGUGGAGACGCUGUGCAUCUGUUGGUUCUCCUUUGAGCUGCUGGUGCGCCUAGCGACCUGCCCGAGCAAGGCAGCCUUCUUCAAGAACGUGAUGAACCUCAUCGAUUUCGUGGCCAUCCUGCCCUACUUUGUGGCCCUGGGCACCGAGCUGGCGCGGCAGCGGGGGGUGGGCCAGCCGGCCAUGUCCCUGGCCAUCCUGCGUGUCAUCCGGCUGGUGCGCGUCUUCCGCAUCUUCAAGCUGUCCCGGCACUCCAAGGGCCUGCAGAUCUUGGGCCAGACUCUGAGGGCCUCCAUGCGUGAGCUGGGCCUCCUUAUCUUCUUUCUGUUUAUCGGCGUGAUCCUCUUCUCCAGCGCAGUCUACUUUGCUGAAGUUGACCGGGCGGACACCCAUUUCACCAGCAUCCCCGAGUCCUUCUGGUGGGCGGUGGUCACCAUGACCACCGUGGGCUACGGGGACAAGGUGCCCCUCACUGUCGGGGGCAAGAUAGUGGGUUCUCUGUGUGCCAUCGCCGGCGUGCUGACCAUUUCCCUGCCCGUGCCGGUCAUCGUCUCCAACUUCAGCUACUUUUACCACCGGGAGACAGAGGACGACGAGGACAGCAUGUAUAGCCAUGUGGACAUGCAGCCCUGUGGCACACUGGAGGGCAAGGCCAAUGGGGGCUUGGUGGACGGAGACGUGCCUGAGCUGCCACCUCCACUCUGGACUCCCCCUGGGAAACACCUGGUCACCGAAGUGUGAGGGACUUCUGAGGUCUGCAGGACCUCAUAGCUCCUCGGAGGGAGGGAGGGGGAGGGGAGGAGGAACAGAUCAGGGGGAGGGCAUUGGGCUUAGGAAGAACUUGGAUAGGUGGUAUUGAAUAGGAGAGCACUGAGUCCUGUUGGGUCUUGAGUUGUGUGGUUUGGUGGCUCCUAUGGAGACCUCCUUAGGUGGCAAUGAAUGGCUCUGGGUUGUGGCAAGUUGAGUUGUGGCAUCUCUGUUGGGGGUGGGGUCUCCAGUGGUUUGCAUCGCAUUGAGUUGUGCAGGGCUUGUGGGGCCCUUUGGGGUAGUGUCAUUGAGGUAGGUUUGGGCAUAUAGUUUUGUGAGUUCCCUAGGUCCAUGUUGGAUUAGAGUUGGGUUGUGAGUCCAAGUGAGUCUUGUUGAACCACAUUGUGCAGGAUUGAUUUUGUGUGGUUUUAUGAGUCACCUGGGGCCAUACUGGGUCACUUUAGGCGGUCACUCAUGGCAUGGUUGGGACUGAUUGCGUGGUCGCGCAUGGUGUGGUUGGUUGACUUGAGACGUGUCAGAAAUUGUGCGGCUUUGUGAUUCUCCUAGGGCCAUGUUAUUUUAGGUUCUGUGAACUUGUGAGUCAUGUUGAAAUAUCAAGAGUCAAAUGAUAUAAAGUGAGCUUUCUAGAUCACGUUGGGUUAAGUUAGGUUGGGGUGAGUGACCAUAGGAGACUUUUAGGGUUUUGUUGAGUUGUGUAGAGUUAGAUGGCUGGAAAGCUUUCAGGGUCACAUUGAGUUGAGCUGUAUUGAAUUGUAACCAUGUGAGUCUUGUAGGUCAGUUCAGUUGGGUCAUAUGGCUGGGUCCCAUGGGGCCAAGCAGAGUUGAGUUACAUUGAGUUGUGUCAUUGUGUGAGUCCUGAACGAAUGUCGGGUUGAGUUGUACUGUAUAUAUCUGUUGCAUAGGGCCACCUGGGGUUGUUUUCGGUUUGGUGGUAGCAUCAGGAUCCAAGAAUAACAUCAUCAGGGAGUAAUUAUGUACCAGAGAGUAAGUGUGGUGUUGGAGGUCCUGAGAAGAAGUAAUGAGCUGGCUUGACUAGUAUAACUCACUGUAGGGUUGAAUUCUGUAUCUGUAGAUUCAGAGGUCCAUCCGUAGGGGCUCCGGUGAUCGGGGGAGACGUAGACACUCCUGUUUACCCCACACCUGCUUCAUUUUGCCAUUCAAAUGCCAUCUCUGUCCAUCCUCCAGGGCAUUUUUGCUUCCAGGUGGUGAUCAGAGUCAUGGGGGAAAGAGAAGAGGGGAAAAAACUGUUUGUACUCUGUCCAGACAUGAUGGGGGGAUGGAAACCCAAAGUGGGGAGACAGAGACCCCGGGACGGAUAGAGACCAGAGAGAGGAAGGGAUAGAAACCCAGAGAGGAGGGGACAGAAACCCAGAGACAAAGGAACAGAGACCCAGAGAGGGGGACAGACACCAAGAGUAGGGGACAGAGACCCAGGGAUGUUUCAGGUACCCAGAGAAAGAGGGACAGACAUUCAGAGUUGGAGAUAGACCAUAGGAGUCCCAGAGAAGGAAAACCCACCAAAAAAAAAAAAAGAGAGAGAGACUGAAAAUUUCAGUGCCUCUGAACC